CAGAGAGCUACACCCAAGAGGAACUUCAUCAGGACUCCAUGAAAAGAGGAAAGAACUUUGGGGCCAGGAGUACGGAGACCUAGGUGGCACUAUGUAAAGAGCCUUUGAUCUGGAGCCAGGAAGACUGAAGUUAAAAUACAGCCUCAGAUAUUUGCUGGCUGGAUCACCUGAAUGCAGGCCUGACCCUCCUCUACAAUGUUCUUCUGGCUGCUUCGUACAAUGACUGUUGGAACCUGGGGAAACCGAGCAAAGAGCCCCAGCUUCACAUGGAUUUGGAGGUCUAUUAUCACCAUCUUCCUGAUCCUCAUUCUCCCCUUGGAAUUGAUGUCUAAUUUGUCCUUUAAGAGAGCAUCAAAACCUACCCAGAGCCCAGGAAUAUGUCCACAGCAAAAUAUAACAUGUGAUUUUGUUGAAAAAGGCCAGUGUCACACAGACUUCAACUGCAAGCAUUCCAUGAAGUGCUGCCAUUACAGCUGUGGGAAGAAGUGCUUGGACCCAAAGGCAGAUGUAUGCACCCUGUCACCCGAAGUGGGCGACUGUGAUGACUUUCACUUACGCUGGUUCUACAGCAUGGAGGCACGUACCUGUGAACAUUUCUUCUAUAGUGGAUGCAAUGGGAAUGUCAACAAUUUUCCCAACAAGAAAAUCUGCGAGCAGACCUGUGGUGGGACAGUCAGGAAAGGAUUUUGUCCACCUUUCCCCUUCAAAGGCAUUAGCAACUGUUCUGCGCCCUGUCGUAAAGACCCAGAGUGCCCUAAGACAUACAAAUGCUGUGAUUCUAGCUGUGGCUUGGUGUGUACCCCACCCUGGAAAGUUAAGCCCUGGGACUGCCCACCUCAGCCAUCCUUUUGCAAGGCAAUUCAGAAACCCUUGUGUCAGAGUGAUGGAGACUGUGAAAAUAAUGAAAAGUGCUGUUCUAAUUGUGGUUUGAAAUGCAUUAAAAACCCGAGGAAAUAAUACAAGUCCUUCUAAUCUAACUGUCAUGAUGGCUUUCAACUAUUGCCCUGUAUUGGCUGGAUUUUGACUGAAAAAGAGUCAAAUGAGAAAAGAACUUCAAUCAUGAAAAGAAGGAAUCCUUUCCAAUUCCUGGGAAGGACUGAGUUGAAGAACACCACCAUCAUCUUUCAUGCCACCAAAUUCUUUUUCAGGCUAUCUCCCAAUGCUUUCCUCCAUAUAUUAUGGGACACUCUGUCCUCCAGAAUUCCCUGCCACUUCCUUCAAUGUCUUCCAUUGUCCCCUUAAUUGAAAUGUUUUCCCUCUUCUUCUUUGUCUGUUAAGAUCCUAUUUGUCCUUUAACUUGCAACUCAGAUGCUCUCUCCUCCAUGAAGCCUUCCCUGCUCCCCUUAGUAAGUAGUGCCUUUCCCUGGCACCUCACUUUGUUUGCUCUCCGCAGCAUAUUCAUCAUGUAAUAUUAGAUGACAAGCAGCAUGGCAUCAUGAACAGAAACCUGAGCUUGGUGACAGCAAGACAUGAGCUGGAGUCCUGCCUUUGGUACAUACUGGCUCUGGAAACCUGGGCAGGUCUCAGUGCUCUAGGCCAGUGGUGCCAAAUUCAAAUAGAAAUGGGGGCCAUUAAGCCAUACAUAA